AUGGCGGUACGGUACUUCAAGAAGGGAGCGGCAAUAGAAUGGGCAGCCAACGCAGCAGACGCUAGUCUACUUGACGCAUAUCCGAUGCUCGUCACAAGCGUAGCAUUCGAGGUCGGACAAGCAACUGGAAGGGUGUCUUCUUCGACUCUACAUAAGCUUCUCGUCUGUCUGUGCCCCAGAUCUACGGGAGAAAAGGUAGACCGCCCGGUCAAGUAUUCUCCUCGUUUGUCUACACUUUUCUAUCUUGGUACCUUUAAGGCCUUCACUCGCGCGCCAUUUCUGUCUGAGGCACUGCAAAACAUCACAACACCGCCACUACCCGCCACUCCUUUCCGCACAAGUCAACUUGCAGCCACUCAAAUACUCGUAUACUCCAGUCCUGUACCUUCCUCUCACCACACCCACCACACCAUCUGCUCUGUCCCUACUCUCGGAACCGUACAGACACAGUGUUACACAAGAAUGGCCUUCUUUUCACCCGAGGCAGAGCUGGCCUUGCUUGGUCCGGAUGACAGCAUAGCACACCUAUACCCCUCCAGCACUUGUCAAUCACCACCGAGCAUCAUGUACUCUCCGCCGCUACAUCACAUAUCACAUCGAACACCUACCUCCUUGCCUGGAAACGGAGCCAUGUAUCCCACACCACACGAAUAUAGGCCCAUGAUGGAGUCUCCAUACCCACCACACAACCUCUGGUCGUCGCAGGCAACUUCCAUGUCCAUGUCGCAGGUGUCAUCGUAUGCAUCAUACCCGCCCUUUACGAGCAUAGCAUCAACUCCAAUCCUUUCACACGAAUCGGGCACAUUUGGACAAUCUUUCGCGCCCCCCCGAGCUUCACGCUCUCACUCUGUCUCUUCUUCUGCAGGUCUGGGCAUACAUUCUUCCGUGCCUUCGGAAAGAUCACCGCCAGCUCUCUCCCGUUCUCUCUCCCCAUCAUCACCCGAUCUGCGAGCAUUUGGUAUCCCAGAUAAGAAUGGGACAUGGAGCUGUGCAUACCCUGGUUGUACUUCAAGAGCAGUCUUUACCCGAGGCUGUGACCUCAGAAAACAUCACAAGCGUCACACAAAGUCUUUCUUCUGCCGUCACGGAGACUGCCCGCAAUCUUCUGGAGGUGGAUUCUCGAGCAAGAAAGAUCUCGCAAGGCAUGAAGCCAAGCACAAUCCAGGAGUACUGUGUGAUUGGGACGGCUGCGACAGAGUGUUUAGUCGUGUGGACAAUAUGAGAGAUCACGUAAAGAGAAUACACCUCAAAGCGUCCAGGAAAACCUCGAUUGCCUCCCGUUGA